AUGAAGUUUCUCCUUCAGGCUCUAGCAAUGGCGGCGCUUGUCGCUACCGGCGCUGCUGAACUCCCAGACGGUGUUGUCUUGAGCCAGACGUACGGUGGGCCCCACGGAAACAAGUACUCGGACGUGGACAUCGUGAAGCCCGGGCAAGUCGUCAAGUCCAUCACGAUUCGUACGGGCCAGCGCGUGAACGGCGUCGGCAUCCAAAUUGAGGGGCAAGAGCCGUUGUACCACGGCGGUCGUGGCGGCGAUUCAAACACGCUCACUCUGGGCAAGGACGAGCACGUCACGAGCAUGGAGGCUCACUGGGACGAACAGCACAGUCACACGCGCAUCUUCUUCAUCAACUUCACCACCAACGCCUACAAUUCAAUAGCUGGAGGCACUCCUAUGACCGAUCCGGCCCUUAUCGGAAAGACUACGGCUGGCAAAGGCUACCAGCUCGGUGGCUUCGAUGGCUACGCUGGCAAAGAGCUUGACUCGGUGGCUGCCCUUUGGACCCGCAUUAACGCUGACGACGGCUCGUCGGCGGCGGACGACCAGUAG